AGAAUCAUCAGGAUAUGAGGAUUUGGGAGAUUAAUUAUUUGUAUCAUCGAAAAUCUGAAUAUUUUAGAUCUGAAUCACCAGAAUCUGGACCAUCAUUAAAUCUGCGUCAUCAAAAUCUCUAUAAUAGACAUCUGCUCCAUUUAUCCUUACGCUGAUCAUCCAAAGUCGCAUCGAAUAGAAGAGCGUAGCCCGUAGUGGGGGUCAAGAAUGACAAGUUGACAAGUUUCGAGUUAAUGGAAUCGAACAGUGAAAUUAAAUCGUGAAAGGUAAAGAGUUUUAUAAAAAAAUCCAAUAACAACCAACAGACAAAAAAUCAAAAUUACUUUUUACUAAUUAAUUGGUCUACAUCGUUAACAAAAACCCAUUGGUGACAUAUUAUAUCAAAAUAUAUAACAAUACCUGCAAUAACUCAAUCACGUAAAUGUUUAUAUGCUUUUAAUAACAAAAAGUUCAAACUUUGAUUAAAAAAUAUUAAAUGCCUCAAAGUUAAAAACCCAAGGGAAUCAUAGCAAAAUGAUGUCAUCAAAAGAUCCCAAGUGGCGAAUGCUAGUUAACGCUGUUCACAAAGGAAAUGUCAGGCGGGUUAAGGAUUUAAUUGAAUCUUAUGGUCUCAAUAAUAUUCCAACAUGUUGCGAUGGUUACAUUUUACUCCGAGACGCUUUGCAGUACAAUCAUUCUGACGUUGCUAAGCUGCUUAUUGAAAAGGAGGCUAAAGUAGAGAGUAAAAGCAAGAAAUUAUCAAACACUCCGCUUCAUUAUGCAGUAAUAAAUGGGGAUCGAGAAGUCGUUAAUUUACUUUUGGACAGAGGCGCCAGUAUUGUUGCGAAAAAUGGAGACGGUAGAGCUCCGCUCCAUCAUGCUGUUGAAAAACAGGACAUAGAAAUGAUUGAAUUGUUGUUGCAACGCAAAGCGUUUAUCAAUACAAGAGACGAUACAGGUCAGAGUCCACUCUGCAUUGCUGCUGAAAAAGGAAAUUACCAGAUAGUUGAUAUUCUCCUAAAAAAUGGAGCAUUUCCAAACUUUUUACACACAGUUUUAUAUGGACCCACUAAUACUCCGUUGCAUCUAGCUGUCGAUAGUGGGAGGAAGGACAUAGCCGAGCUACUGGUGACAGCAGGAGCCAUAGCAGAUGUCAGAGAAUCUAGUGGUUGGACGCCGCUUCACGUUGCGGUUCAAAAAAAUAAUGAAGAAAUCGCGGAAAUGCUGCUGUCAUUUGGCGCAGAUCCUAAUGUCGAGUGUGACCAGGAACCAACUGAAGGCUACACGGCAUUACAUUUUGCUUGCGACCUGGGAAACCAGGGAAUGAUCCAAGUUCUGUUGGAUGACAGCCGCACAAACGUCAAUGCGUUGACCAAAGCAAGAAAGUCCGCGCUUGAUUUUGCAAUCAGCAAAGGAUUUCAAUCGAUAAUUAUUAAAUUGUUGGACCGCGGAUCAAAUAUUUUCAUUGACGGCAGCGUUAGAAAAACUAUUCUCGACUUAGCUGUGGAAAGAGGAUACAAGAAAAUUGUUGAACACAUAAUCCAACACUGCGUUGAUUACAGUACCGGUAGUUCGAUUUACUCUAAUGUCGUUGAUCCUGAUGAUGACUGCAAGUCGAAGAAAAAAUUAAAGAUAAAACUUGGGUAUACGUUCAAAGAUACUCUAGAUCGAAUGGUUUUCCAUUUACUUUACGUCGCAAUAGAUAAAAAUCACUGGGACAUAGCUGAAAGUUUUCUUAAAUACUCAAUCUCGAUAAAUAAAAUAAGCAAUUUGAUAACCAGCAAAGGUUUCACUUUAUUGCACAAAGCCAUUAAAAAUAAACAGGAGAAAAUUGUCGACUUGUUAAUAAAAUAUGGCGCCGAUGUGAGCGCGAAAGAUGAAGACGGCAAAACUCCAUUGUCGUUUGCUAUUGAAAAUGACAAUGCGCUACUGACAUCUCAGUUACUACUAAGUCUUAAGCUGGAUGUAGCAUUCAAUUCUACUGUGCUAAGUGAUGCUGUUAGAAGAGGAUCUAUAAAUGUUGUUAAAGUAUUAAUUGAGCAGCAUGACGCGAAUGUUGAUGCAGCUGACGUUUAUGGACGAACGGCGUUGCAUUAUACUGUUUUGAAUGAAAAUGGUGGCUGUACUGACCCCAGUCCGGAAGAUGAUGAAAAAAAAUCUGAAAUAGCAGCACUGAUUUUGUACCAAGGCGCUGAUGUCAAUGCCAAGACACCGGAAGGUGAAACGACGUUGCACUUUGCUGCAUUGAAGGGAUACUCGAAAGUUUUUAAUGUUUUGCUGCAGAAUCACGCGGACAAAAAUUGCACUGAUGAAAGCGACAUCACGCCUCUGCACACGGCUGCGGAAAAUGGACAUAAGGAUAUUGUAGAAAUUUUGUCGCGAAUGGGAGCUGAUCUGGAUGUACAAGAUGUUGAUGGUAGAACGGCUCUACAUAUUGCUGCUGCUGAAGGACACAAAGAAAUCGUUGAAAUCCUUUUGAAGUACGGGUCCAAUGUUAUGAUUUUCAAUAGUUUGAAUGAAACUCCACUGGACUGUGCUGCUAAACGUAUUCCCGUUUCUCAAGAUAACGAUAGCGGCGUUAGUGUUCAUAAAGAGAUUGUAAGACUAUUAACAGAACGUAUUAAGAUAAAAACAGAAGUAGAAACUGACGUUGAUACUGAUGAGUCUGAUAAUGAAGAUUCUAUUAUGAAAAUGGCGGAUUAAAAACUUAUAUACAAAAAAAAAGGAUUUCUUGUACUAAGAAUUUUUUUCUUGACUCAAAAAAUUUUUGUCUUCAAUUUCUAAUAAAAAAAAAAAUUCUAAAGGCAAGUAAAAAUUUUUUGCAUCAAGAAAUCCUUUUUUUGUGUAACGAUACAAUUAAAAUAGAUAUUUAAAUAACAAUAAAAAAAAGUAUUAAUGUUAAUUACUAACAGUAUAUAUUGUCAAGAGUAUAACCGGUUAAAUCUUGUUAAAGUUUUAUUAUUAAAUAAUUUAUAAUGAACUUAAUAUCGAUGAACAAACUUAAUUUUAAUUUUUUAUACAAUUGUUAAUGAUAUUUAUUUAAAUAUGAAUAAUUACAUAUCAAUAUUUCAUAUACGCUACUGGAAAUAUUAAUUCGUGAUCUCCUGAUCUCUAUUAUUAAUUAAUUAAUUGAACAGAAAUACUGGUAUUGGUCAGAAUUAGUAUAUUACACAACAAGGGAGGAAAUUAGGACAUUCCGGUGCGCAUGUAAUUGUCUACAGAAAAAAAAUUUAUUGGCGUAAGAAAUAUUUUGCAUAACGAAAUGAAGUAAAAUAUUUUGGUUUCAUACUUUUGGAUCGAGUAAAAAUUUUCUUGGGGCAAAACAUUUUUUUUCUGUGUACCCAAAAAGGCGACGGACUGGGAGACCUACUUACCUCCGUGGUGUGUAUAAAAUUUUUCACUAAAUCUGUAAUUGAAAGUUCAAAUUUUUGUCUGUGGAAAGAAUCUCGUAUGCGUUAAUUUUUAUUAGUAAGUUCCUCAUUAAAGAAAAGAAAUUCUAAACAAAGCAAAAUUUAAUAUUUUGGUGCAGGUAUGGUGAAAAAUAUAUAAAAUUUAAACUCUGAUCAUUACUCGCUAAUCAAAAAAUUAAUACAUUGCAGUAUGAAUUUUUUUUUUGUUUUCUAUAUAAGAAGUCAAAACUAUCAAUAAAAAAAAUCAAAUCCAUAUUUUUUGUUAAUUAUUUUUUUAUGUCAACAUUGCAAUAUUUUUUUUCAUAAUAUAAAUCUAUUAUAGAUUCACAUUUAAUUUGAAAAAAUGUAAAUAAAAAUUAUUCUUACAAGAGGAUCUAGAGUUAAAUUGUUGAGUAUUGAAGAUAGUUUUAACUUUAUCAAUUGAAUUAUAAUUUACAAGACUUUCCCAAUUAAAUAAACCUCAUACGUGAUCGGUUGUGCCAAAAAAAUAUUUUUUUAAAACUCGUGUAGUUUUGAAUGAAUUGAAUAUUUAAUUUAUAGUAAAUGUUAACCAUUUAUUGCUUUUCAAACUAAAGAUUUAAGUCUGUAAAUUUUUUUAUUUGAGACUAUUUUUUUACGACUGUAUUGCAAAAUAAGUAAACUUUGUAGUUUAAAUAUUUGGCUUUCAAAAUUAUUAUUGUUAU